ACGAGUUUUCAGAGCUCCUGCCGAGUCACGACUUGCCAGAGAAUCCAAAGCUCGUCGGGAAAAAUGGCGAUGGCAUAGACGGACGGAAGUAAAAGAAGAACAGGAGAAGGGAAGAAGCGGAUUCAAAGAGACUGUCCUUUUCGCUGUUGUGUACUUAUCAGGCGAGGAUGAUAGUCGGUAAGGGAAGUCACGAGGAAGAAGAGUACAGAGAUGAUGAGUUUGGUCCGAGGCGAGAUGAUCCCUGUUCGAACUCUACAGUUCACUGCAACAACGACGACAACAACAACAUCGCCGCAAACAAAGAUGCUAAGAACAGUGACAAGGCUGCAAUACGUUCAAAACACUCAGUCACGGAGCAGCGAAGAAGAAGCAAAAUCAAUGAAAGAUUUCAGAUAUUGAGGGAACUAAUUCCGCAUAGUGAUCAGAAACGCGAUACAGCUUCGUUCUUAUUAGAGGUGAUAGAAUAUGCCCAGUACUUACAAGAGAAGGUGCAAAAGUACGAAGGCUCGUAUCCCGGAUGGAGUCCCGAACCAACAAAGUUGAUACCUUGGAGGAAUACUCACUGGCGGGUUCAGGGUUUUGCCAACCACCCGCAUACUAUAAAUAACGGGUCUGGUCCAGGGACGCCAUUUCCAGGGAAGUUCAAGGAGAAUAAUAUGACGACUGCACCUGCAUUUGUCCCUGGAGCUCAAAAUCCAGCUGAAUCUGAACCUGGCAUGGAUGUAGCCUACAGACAAAUGGAUAGGCAGCCAGAGUUGGUAGACAGCAAGGGAUUAUCUCUGUCCAUGUCAGUUGCACCGACUCCUCAACCGUCACAUAGUGCACAAUCGAAUGAAAGCCCUGCAAGGAGUGAUGUUCCAUGUCAAACCGAGGAACUAGUCAUCGAAGGGGGAACAAUUAACAUCUCUAGUGUCUACUCUCACGAGCUAUUAAGCUCAUUGACACAAGCACUCCAGAAGGCCGGCAUCGAUCUAUCACAUGCUAGGCUUUCCGUGCAGAUCGGUCUCGGGAAACAACCCAAUCAAGGGCCAACAUUUGCAUCACUCACUGCAAAGGACCAGUUAUCUGAUAAUCAAGGGAUACCCCAGCCUAAGGAUCCAAACAGUGAGGAUGAAUCUGAUCAUUCUCAUAAGCGCGUGAAGAAGACAUAGCAAAAACACUGUCUGUGUAUUGAUCAUUUGAUUUCCCUGUUGCCCCAAUUGGCUGGAUGAUGUUUUGUUUUCCUCUUUGGUUAUAAUAUAUGGCUGUAAAUGCUCGGCUUCUGGGUUUUGGUUGA